AUGGCUCCAAGUUUUGGCCGAGCUACGACGAGCAUCGUGGCGAGUGAUGGUUCAAGGAUUGCUGAAGGAAAUACUGUCAAUAAACCUUUGCCAAUAAACCUCGAACCACCGCCAUCCGUGCAAUGUCUGAGUGAUUCAGUCUUCCUACCCGCCAAAACACUACCGGCAGCCGCUCGUGCUGAGAAUUCUUCUACGGUUACAAUUUGGGAUCGACCAACGACAUCUCGCGAUGACUCUGCAUCACAGUUAAUGGCAUCAACUCGUGAAGAAGAUGGAGAAGAUGAUAUCAUGUUUGUGGAUUCAACCAAAAGGAAUAAACCCGAGGAGAGAGCAAACUUUGUCCAAGAAGAGGAUGAUGGGUGCAUCAUUGAAGAUAUCGUGCCACGGCAUAUCAAGUUCUCAAGGAGGAAGAAAAGAAAAAUUCAAUGUCCAAAAUGCUCAAAGAAAUUUUUCACAAGAGGAAGCUGCGACGAACAUCUGAGAGAAGACCAUCGAGCUGAUAAAGGAAGUCAAACGUCGGUGAAAGGGACCUACGGCCUGCCAUACGAUGAAAGUAGAAACUUUUACAUUUGUGUCAUGUGUUCGAUUAUCUACGAGGACCCGAAGUUUUUCCAAAAACACAUGAGUGAAACACAUGAAAACUGUCCUCCCAUUGUGUGUCCAUUGUGUCCUUGUGUGGGAUUCAAUAAGAAAGGCUCGGAAGCACAUUGGGAGUUACAUCAGAGAUAUGCAAAAGCAUCUGGAGUUCCCAACAUGUGUGUCGAACAUAAUGUUGUGUUUGGAAAAAACAUCGAGUUGAUGUUUCACGCCAAUUGGAAGCACGAUGCCAAACUCUUGUUCUUCUGUAAAAAAUGUUUCUUGGCCUCCAUGAAUGGGGCUACGAUCGUACGUCAUUUCAAAACUUGCAAAACCGUGAAAAGACCAAAUGAAACCUUCCCAGCGUCGACAAAUCUCGAAGGAGAACAAGCGUUGGGGGUCAUUUCGGUAAACACUGUCAACUUUCAACCGGCUGAUGAAAAGGCAUGGAUACAGCGUCUUGCUUCCCCAAAUCCACCUUCGACCGCCGUUCCCUCCCAAUGUAAUCACAAAACGCUGGUCGCCGACAAAUAUCCAUCUGUUUUAUGUUCGGAUAAAAAUUGCAAUACUUGGUACCUUCAACCAGCUUACACGGGCACAUUCGAGGAUCAGGCCGAGAAAGUCGAAGAGUUGAUGGCAAGAGAGAGAACUAUCCUUCAAAGCCCCUGGUUAAUCUUGAAUAGAACCAUGGAGAUGCCGAAUCCACAAAAUCUGCCGUUCUAUGUUCGGUUGAAAGCGGCAUACGGUGCAUCAACCAUCGGACUUCCUUUUCGGCCCCCACUUUUCAGGCUCUCCGGCUCAAACGUCCACAGUGUCGAAGAGAGUUUACGGUUUUCGCCGUACCAAAUCUUGAGUACACCUCAAGACCAACAAGUCCCAACUGUGAAACGCUCUAGAGUACAAGGCAAUCGAUUACAACGAGUGCAGACCACUCUACACUCAGGAAUUGUGAAAAAAAUG